AUCUUGCGGUGUAAGCACAUGUGAACAUUUUUACGCAAGUUUUCAAUUUACUUACAACAGUAUUCAAUCCAGAACGAGGACUUAGCGAUAUUUUUAAACAGCGAUUCAUUUUCUGAGUGAAGAUAAAUUAUCGAAAGUUUUAACGAGAUAUUUUGGAAAAGAAAAAACGAAAUCCAGAACUCAAAUGAAAAUAUUCAUUGAUUAAAAGAGAGAAAAUCAAGUGAUUUUUUCCGAAAAAUUGAAGUGAUCAAAAAGAAGCAAUUUUUUGCAAGACUUUUCUGUGUUUGAAAAAAGAAAAAUAAAAAUUAUCAAAAUGCAUUUGCCAGCAACACAAUCAUCACCAUCAACAAACAGUACGUCGUCAUCAUCACAGCAACUGCAAGCGCAAAGCGAAUCAAACAUGUUGAACGAUAUGUUUCCAAAUUUAUUGAAUGUGUUGCAAGAGUGUCACGGUGAUUUAGUGCAAACUGGUUCGCCAAUGAUUUUGUGCUCAACAUUGCCAACACAUUGGCGCAGCAACAAAAGUCUGCCAUGUGCAUUCAAAGUGAUUGUAUUGGAUUACGAAGUUCCCGACAAUACGGAAGUGAUCAUUUCAGCCGGUAAUGAAGAAAAUUACAAUCCUGAACUGCGAAACAAUUUGGCUAUGUUGAAGAACGGCGUUGCCAAAUUCAAUGAUUUACGAUUUGUGGGACGAAGCGGUCGUGGAAAAUCAUUCACAGUCACAAUCACAAUUCGACCAUCGGUCAACCAACAAACAAUGGCCUCAAUUCCAGAACAAAUUGCCACAUACGGCAAAGCAAUCAAAGUCACCGUGGACGGACCACGCGAACCUAGAAGUAAGCAGAGUUUUGGAUAUGGUCAUCCAAAUGGAUUACAUCCAUUCAUGUUGAACCCAGGCUGGCUCGACGCUGCCUACAUGAGCUACGCAUUCCCAGAAUACUUCCGUCAACAGCCACACAAUCCACAAUUCGCUAAAGUAUCGCCACCAUUGCCAGGAGCCCUACCAGCCGGAGUACUGCCACCGACACUCGGCAGUGAAUUUAAUCCAAUGCAAACGAUGCCCCCAACACAACCAGCCAUCCAAUUGACACAUUCAACAGCUACCAUAAUCCCUCAACAAUCCGCAACAGUAGCACGAUCAGGCGCCUACCUACCAUCGCCAUUCCAUCCGUUCGCACAUCCAGAACUCUUGUGCAAAAAUCCAUUCUUGCCAUACGAUUUGGCCAGUUUACGUGGUGUUUCAAUGAACGGACGUCCAAUCCACUCAAUGCAACACACCACAAGCCUGCCAUCCGAAUCCACCAUCAUUCGUACGCCUGAGCACUUGAGCACAUCACGUUUAUCGCCCACAUCAUCGCGGCCGUCUUCAUCGAGCCCACCAUCGUCAGCACACAGCGACCCAAUUAAAAUGAACAUCUCCAUCGAAAAUGAAUCCGAGGAAUCGGACGACGAACAAAUCGAUGUUGUUAAAUCCGCAUUUGUGCCAAUCCUACGACCAAAUCCAUCCGUUCAAUCGAUUGUUGGCGUUGCCGAUUCAACAACUAUCACCGAUCAAACUGACGCCACCAGCCCACGAAUCCGUUGCGAUUUAAAAGCUCCAUCAUCUCGUAAACCCGUACAUGAAACCGCACCAACUGGCCCACGAUCACCUGAAACCAAAAUUAAAUCACCGAUUAGCGCACAAAAAACCGUUUGGAGACCGUAUUAAAAAACCAGACAAAAAAGCGCAGUGCAAUCAAUUCAGUUGAUUUUUUUUAGUGUUUUAUUUUGGAAGCGGUUAUUGAAAGUUUUUUUUUUGUAUCAAAGAGUGUUCAUUUUUACGUCGCAGAAAAAAAAGUGCAACUUCAUACCCUUGGCGAGUCUAAUGAAUGAUGUAGAUAAAUGUAUAUAUAAUUUAAGUGCAAAAAUUAAUGUAGCCCUAGUGUGUAAGCGUGUAAUUAAUCUCAUUCUCUGUAACCAAAUAUUUUCGUUUUGGAAGUAAUUCGAUGUAAAUACAAAAUAAUAUAUUGUUAACUAGAUUUUAGUAAAUUAUAUUCUACAAAAAAGAUAUUUUUUAUUUUUCGAAACAAUGGGACAAAACUAGUGGAAUAGAUCACUCAAGAGAAAAAACCAAUAAAAUUCAAAAUAUGAUCAAUUAAAA